AUGCUACCACACAACACUUGCUCAAUUAUACAAAACGCUUCGCGAGCAGCGAUACCAAAAGUACCGUUGCAAUACACCAACCAAAAUUUCCACUUAUCGAGGCUAUUGCUCGACCAGGGCUUCAUUACAAACGUUACACUCGGUAGUCCUUCUUCUAAUAAUCCUAGUACAUUCCUGCCGACAGAUGAGCAGCACAGACGCAUCUGGAUAGAGCUGAAAUAUAGAUCUAAUAGACCUGUUUUGAACAAUAUGUCAGUAAUUUCUAAACCAUCAAAAAGAGUUUGGAUGGAGAAGGAUGAAGUGAAGAGAUGGGUGAAUGGUGCGAGAAUAAAGGGUGUUAGUGGAUUGAAACUUGGCGAAGUAGGCUAUCUCAAGACCCAUGGAUACGGAUGGCUGGAAGCCAGAGACGCAGCUAGGAGAAACCUCAGCGGGCAAGCUAUGGUACGCUGCUCAUAAAUAUUAUUUUAUACAAAACAACUUUGCAUAAUAUAUUCUA